AUGUCUAAUUUCUCUUAAUUUCUUGAGGACAUUAGUGAUUUCAAAGAUAGGCCUGUUAAAUUGAAAUAAAUAAAGAAAGUUCUGAAGAUAAAUGAGAAAAGCUUUCCACCUUGCAAAAAUAUCCUGAAUUAUUAUUUCUAGGAGUUUUCAAAGUAGAUGUUUACAAUAAAAGUAGACGAACAAAUGAAGAACAUCGUACAAAGUGGCACAGAAAGGAUAAAAUACUAUUUGUUUGGACUGUAUUGAAAUAUUUUGAAUUAACAAAUAAGACUGAUCUCAAUCCUGUAUAUUUUAUUAAUAGCAUAGUCUGAUUAAGAUUGGCAAUAUCUUUCUUCAGUAUUAGGAGUAACAGAAUAAUUGUUAAAUUUAAAAUGGAUUAGUAUGCUUAAAACUAAUUUAAAAAUGGCACCUUGGAAUGCUGAUGAAGAUGAAGUCUUACAAAAGUUGAUUACAGAUCCAAAUGAAAAUAAGAAUUGGACUCAAAUAACUAUUGAUUUUAAUCGGGCAAAUCCAGCAAAAAUAGUUAGACAUGCUAAAUAGAUCCGAGAAAGAUGGAAUAAUUAUUUAAAUCCAGACUUAAAAAAGUAUUAUAAUGAUAGUUAAUUAGAUCUGAAUGGUCUUAGCCAGAAUAAUUGCAAUUAUUAUUGUUAGUGUAAGAAAUAGGAAAAAGGUGGUCUUUAAUAUCAAAAAGAAUUUAAGGGAGGACUGAAAACCAAGUAAAAAAUUAAUACAAUUCUAUGAUGAACAAUUAUAGGAGAUAGAAUGUAUAAAUUGAACAUAGAAUUAGCAAUUGGAUAAUGAAGACAUUGCGAUUCAUAAAUUAUUGGCCAACUUAUAAGGUAAAGAUUAUGAAGGUCCAGUACCAUUGACUAGUAAGAGAGUAAGAAAAACGAUCAACAACAAUAAUAACAAUAAUAUCAAUAAUAAUAAUAAUAAUAAUAGUAAUAACAAAGAUACUGUUUUAUAUAAUAAUGAUUAGCCAUUUAUGUAGAUAGAAAAUAAUAUAAUGAAUGAAAUUAAAGAGGAACACCAACAAGAAUAAUAAUAAGAAUAAUUUCAAAUAUAAUAAUAAUUUUUGUAAUAAUAAUAAUCUUAAUUACAAUAAUAAUAACAAUAGUAAUAACAACAAUCAUAAUAAUAAUAAUAAUAAUAAUAAUAAUUGUAGUAAUAAUAAUCAUAACCUUUAAUGCUGGGAUUGCCAGUAUAUUCACCAAUGCUACCUUUUUCACCAUUACAUUAUUUGAUAUGUAAAUGAUAGAAAUAUUAUUAGAAUAAAGUCCAAAUAAUAUUUCUUCUCCUUAUGAAAUAAGAAACAAAAAUUAUUCUGGUUAGUUGCAACUCUUUGAUGAAUAUAUGAAAUCUACAAAUAAUUUGGAUUAGAGUGCUCCUUAAUAGGAUGUACCAUGCUUAUUAAGAUUAUUUAAUUCCCCAGCUUUCAGCAAUUCUGGAUUUCCUUUUGCAACAAUGCCCUUUCAAUAACCUACUUAAUAAUAAUCAACUUAUAAUACGAAAAAGAUAAAUAAGAUUUAAAAAGAAUUGUUAAAGUUCGAUACAGGUUUAAAUAAAGAUUGCUGA